AUGGAGCAGAACCAUGUCCAUAACCUUGCCUUUGCGUCCAAGUUCACGACAGCCCUCCGGCUAGCUCGCAGCAUCGACACGGAGGACAGUAUGGCAGCUGCGGAGUGCCCCAACGUUCGCAGCAGGGCUCGAGCCGGCAAGACGAAGCGGCAAGUGGCGGAUGCGGUGACCCGGCAGGCGCCCGACCUCACCCUGGAGGAAGCUGCGGCCCUCUUCACUGAGGACACCACCACCGUCAUGAUCCGAAAUGUGACCAACCGUUACAUCCCGGAAGAGUUCGUUUGCGAGGUGCUCGACGCCGGUUUCGAGGGGACGUUUGAUUUUUUUUAUUUGCCCAUGGACUUUAGCACCAAGAGAAACCGUGGAUACUGCUUCUUGAACUUCCACUCAGCCAGCUGUGCCCGACAGUUCAUGCAGAUCUUCCAUGGGCGCAAGCUGAGUCGGUACAACACGAAGAAAAGUCUUCAGAUUGUCCCGGCUGCUUUGCAGGGCCUGGAGAAGAACAUGUCUGCUUUGAAAGGCGGCGCCGACCGCAUCAAGAACCAGUGGUUUCGGCCCAUGGUGUUCAGUGACCCAGGUAUGGAGGAACUCUGUGGGGAAGAUGCCUAG